AUGGCGUCCCGGAGGCUUGAGGUGAUCUGGGGCUUGCAGCGGGGCGCAGGGUUCAUGGCGUCCCAGGGGCUUGAGAGGAUCCUGAGGCUCGAGGUGUCUGCAGAGUUCAUGGUGUCCUGGGGGAUGGAGGGGAUCCUGGGGCUUUCAGCUUAUGUUACUGUAACUAUUGAAGAGGACAGUGAUGAUGCUGAUGUUGUGAUAGUAGACGAUUCUGAUGCAGAGGUUACUGAGAACACAGUUUCCAGUGAUGAUAUGUUGACUAUACAACCAGAUUUUGAAGGCGACAAUGAUACCUCUGAGGAACCAUCCCAAUUGUCAUAUGGAGUUGAAGGUUUAGCAGAGCUAGGUGACCAAGCAGUUUCACAAAUGAACCGUCUAGCAAAUUUAAGAAGACAUGGCGCCUACUCAGCGGAAACGGAGUUCAUCCCGUUGUGCAAAAAAAGCCGAUCAUGUAUUCCAGGAGAGGAUAACAUGGAUUCUAUGGGAGAUGGUAGCCCAUCUUUACCUGUGGAAAGGCAGGAAGACAAUGCCGGGACCAACCCUGUAGGAACAUCUCUUCAGUCAGCAGCACUCCCUGAACUGCAGCAGCCGGUCCUCAGGGAGAGUCCACCACUGCCCAGAAUUGUCUCCACAUACUCAUUAGAGCCGUGUUUCACACCACGCAGCCCGUCUCUUGGGCUUCCUGUUCUAUCCUCCUAUCUCAGUGAAGGUGCCAAAAGUACCAACAGUGUUGUCUCAUCUGCCCAGGCUACUGUAGCAGUACCUGUAGCAGUUCUGCCACAAGGAGAACCCAGUCUGGCAGAUACCUCUGAGACAGUGAACUACUCAACUAUAAUGGGAAAUAACAGCAUGGGCCCAGACACUGCCUUGCCAUUUCUCUGCAUCCCUCCCAAUACUGAAGUGUCAGGAAAGGCAGAAACCAGCCUUGGAAACAGCACUGAGUCAAGGUACUAUCCAACUUUUUUGGGAAAUGACAGUGGCCAGGAUACUGCCUCUUCAUCUAUCUUCAUCCCUCCCAGUUUUGCAUUUGAAAAAGUUAUACUAACAGAAAUGCCGGGAAAAGCAGAAACCAGCGUGGAAAACAGCUCUCAGACAAUGUAUUACCCAACUUUGGUGGGCAAUGAGAGUGGCCCAGAUGCUGCCUCUUCAACUCUCUCCAUUCCACCCAAUUUUGAAUCCGGCAGAGAAAUGGGUUGUGAGGAAAUGAAUUAUCCAACGGUACAGGAAAAUGACAGCGACGAAGAUACUGAUUCAGAAAAUUCCUUCCUCACUGCUGGUUUAGAAAUAUUGGAGAAAGCAGAAAGCAGCCUGAAAGAUUACACUCAGAUGAAAUACCCAGUUUUGUUGGACGGUGACAGUGAAAUAUUGGAGAAAGCAGAAAGCAGCCUGAAAGAUUACACUCAGAUGAAAUACCCAGUUUUGUUGGACGGUGACAGUGAAAUAUUGGAGAAAGCAGAAAGCAGCCUGAAAGAUUACACUCAGAUGAAAUACCCAGUUUUGUUGGACGGUGACAGUGAAUCCGGCACAGAAAUGGGUUGUGAGACAAUGAAUUAUCCAACGGUACAGGAAGAUGACAGCGACGAAGAUACUGAUUCAGAAAAUUCCUUCCCCAACCCUGGUUUUGAAAAGAGCCCUGAGACAGCAAAUUUUCCACUGUUAUUGGAAAACAGCAGUAGCCAAGAUAUUUCCUCAUUAUGUCACUGCAUUCCUCCCAGUUUUGGAUAUCUUGGUGAUCCAAGAAGAAAUGUCAGGAUGCUUGAUAUUCAUUUGAUGAUUGCACAGAAGGAGGCCAAACCUAAGCAUGCAGCCCGCUACUUGGUUCGUAUUUUGUUCUCCAAGGAAAUCAUGAUUGCCAGCUCUGUAGCUGUCAAUUCCCAAGGCCACCAACCCCUGGAUCCAAACAAAAUGGCUGCAAUAAGAGAACAUCUGGCAGCAGUUUUUCCCAACCAUGAUUUACGUGAAUGUGGAAAAGACUGGCAAGACUGUAUUUCCGAUAUCAAUUCUCUGAUCUGCUAUUUAUGUUCCCAAAGAACACCCAAAACUGUUAACAACAAUAUAGAGCCUACCAACCCCGAUACAGAUUCGAAGGAUAAAAGGGAUGGUGAUGACAGUGAAAGUAGUUCCCUGUUAUCUCAGCAAGCAGCUGGCUCAGAAACAAGAGAAAAUGGGAAUUCUCAGCAGAACAGCAGUGCUCUCCCUGAAGGAAUUAAAGAACCUUCCACUGAUAAUUCAACGGUAUCUUAUGAAACACUGGAAUAUCUUGGAAAUCCGUGUAGAAAUAUACAGAUGCCAAAAUCAGUUCUGAAUAUAGCAAAAGCGAAGUCUCUCCCAGAGCUGUCAGCCAGAUACCUUAUUCGCAACCUGUUCACAGAGGAAGUCCUGAUAAAAAGUAAUGUCUCUGGCACUCUGGGGCGUGGCACAUACAUCCUUAACGCCAAUAAGAUGAACGCUCUCCGAGAGUUUCUCCAAGACAUCUACCCGACUUAUGAUCUAUCAGAAACUGGAUAUGACUGGGAAUUGUGUGUGACAGCUAUCAAUAGUUGUAUUCGUAGUCUUAGAUAUGACCACAGGAAGUCCACAUCCAAAUCACAGCCGCCUCCAGCAACGACUCCUUCGACAGAGUCAGAGCCAAGAGAUACUGGCUUAGCUGACUGA